AAUUCUCUAGUCUGUGCUAGUGCUUCAAGUAGAAAAGUUGUGGGUGGAGAGCAAAGUUCUUUUUAGACUUUAUUUGUUAUGAUUUAUCGUUUAGUUCUGUAGGUCAAAAUCUCACUGUAGCCAAAAUAAUUAAUUAAUUGCAGUUAAUUCAACGAUGAACAUUUGUUUCUGAAUCUUACGAAUAUAACUGUAAGGAGUGGUUAAGCAAGCAAACGUAAUCUUCGAAAUCAGCAUUCGUGUUCAGUGACUGAAGAUGAAAGGUGCUAAGCUGUUGACUUCUGCUGGGCGCUGUGUCGCGGCUUCACCAGCAUAUGCUCGUCCUACCCCGCGUUACAACAACGAUGGCGGACGUCGCACAGAGGCAACAAAGUCAGCCCAGAAAGAGCGUCCCGGACCACGCUCAAGCGACUCAUUCACAUUGAACCUGUUCCGAGGAGCCCUAGAGACCUCCACGGUGUUCCCGUACCCUGAGCCGCUGUCUGAGGACCAGAGACAGGUGUUGUCUGAGCUUGUACCACCAGUUGAGAAGUUCUUCCAAGAGGUGAACGACCCCGCGAGGAACGACCAUGACGCGAAGAUCGAGCCAAACACACUUGCCGGGCUCUGGGACCUCGGCGCCUUCGGCCUGCAGGUGCCUUGUGAGCUUGGCGGCCUCGGUCUUAGCAACACACAGUACGCGCGUCUUGUUGAGAUCGUCGGCGCUCACGACUUGGGUGUGGGCAUCACGCUCGGAGCUCACCAGUCCAUUGGCUUCAAGGGUAUUCUGUUGUUCGGUACUCCAGAACAAAAACAGAAGUAUCUCCCCAGAGUAACUGGUGGGGAGUACGCUGCGUUCUGCCUCACUGAGCCGUCUUCAGGGUCUGAUGCUGGCUCCAUCAAGACGAGAGCAGUCCAGCAACCCGAUGGCUCGUGGAAGCUGAACGGCUCCAAGAUCUGGAUCAGCAACGGUGGAGUCGCUGAGGUCAUGACUGUGUUCGCGCAGACACCUAUUCAGAAGGACGGGAAGACCGUUGACAAGGUGACAGCGUUCAUCGUAGAGCGCUCCUUCGGCGGCGUGUCAUCCGGCCCUCCGGAAAACAAGAUGGGCAUUAAGUGCUCUAAUACCACUGAAGUGUACUACGAAGACGUUCCCAUUCCCAAUGAAAACGUGUUGGGAGGCGUCGGUAACGGAUUCAAGGUUGCGAUGAACAUCCUGAACAACGGCCGCUUCGGCAUGGGCGCCGCCCUGGCCGGCACGCAGCGCGCCGCCAUCAAGCAGGCCGCUGAGCACGCGGCUACCCGCGUUCAGUUCGGCAAGAAGCUCAUCGAGUUCGGCACCAUCCAGGAAAAACUAGCUCGUAUGGCGAUGCUCCACUACGUGACGGAGUCCCUCGCGUACAUGGUGUCCGGUAACAUGGACACUGGCGCUAAGGACUACCACCUCGAGGCCGCUAUUAGCAAGGUGUUCGCAUCAGACUCAGCAUGGACGGUGGUAGACGAAGCCAUCCAAAUCCUCGGCGGUAUGGGCUUCAUGAAAGGCACCGGUUUGGAGCGUGUGCUCCGUGACCUGAGGAUCUUCCGUAUCUUUGAGGGCACCAAUGACAUCUUGCGUCUCUUCGUCGCAUUGACAGGCAUCCAAUUCGCCGGCUCCCACCUCCAGGAACUCCAGCGCGCCUUCAAAAACCCCACCGCCAAUCUCGGCCUCAUCUUCAGCGAGGCCGGCAAGCGCGCCGGCAGAGUCGUCGGGAUCACCUCCACCGGCGACAUCAGUCCUUUGGUGGCGGAUCAACUACGCCCAGCCGCUAAGGAGUUGGCGAAGUGUGUGGAUGCGUACGGACAGACCAUUGAAUCUACCUUGGUCAAGUACGGAAGGAAGGUUGUGGAUGAGCAGUUCGUCCUGAACCGCCUAGCGUCGGCCGCCAUCGACGUGUACACGACGGCCGUGGUGCUGUCCCGCGCGUCCCGCGCCGCCAAGCUCGGCCUGCCGUCCGCCGCGCACGAGCUCAAGCUCGCAGAGGCCUGGGCCCACGACGCCUUAGGCAGAGUACCCGGGCUGCUGGCGGCGGCGCGCGAGGCGGGCGCGCUGCAGCAGUACGCGCGGCUCGGCGCGCUCGGCCGCGCGGUCGCCGCGCACCCCGGCCAACCCAGCGUCAACCCGCUUAACUUGUAGUGAUAAAAGGGACGUCCGUACAAAAAUAAGUUUUUAAUACAAUUGCGAAAAAAUAAUAAAUUAAUAUAUCAUUAGUUGGUAUCAUACCACCAAACCAAACCAAAACCAAAAGUACCUAUACAGCCCUUGAUACUUGAGCUGCCGCAGCCCGCGAUACCUUCAUACUCGUGCGCGCCCCGGCCGCGGCCGCCGCGGGCCCGGCGCGGGUUGCUCAACGACACCGAGGAGUAACGAGUGAGGCCCCAGUACCUGCUCAAGCUAAAUUACAUAAAAACUGCGUUUUGAAAGUAUAGGUUUGGAACUAAAAAGUAAAAAGCACUAGUUCGAGAAAUUGAGCUUCUCGCACGCUACGCAGCCACAAAAAGUACCACUUUUUGAGCAACUGUAUUAAAAAUAAGUAUUUUUAUCAGUCGAGUGUGUAAUCGAGUAGUAUGAAUUUUCUCAAAUGAUUUUUACGCCUAAUCUGUUACCGUCGUAUCUGACAAUGGCACGCGCUGUGACACAAUGGCUGACCACAAAAGAAACAAUGGCUGUUGUUUAACAGGUUAGGGUCUUAGACAUAAAAAUCAUUUGAGAAGAUUCAUACUAUAAUUGAAGUACCCUUUGACCGCUAAAGACGUCAAAUGAAAAAACCCGAUAUCAACCUUCGUACGUUCGGACAAGGUUCCGAAUGAUGCGACACACCCGAUAAGCGUGGCAUUCAAAGGGUUGACGGGACGAAAAAAUAGAGAGUAUUUGAGUCGGCCUAUAUGUCUGUGCCGAGAGUUGAAUCUAAUCACAAUAAUAGACAUUGCCAAAGAAAACUAUUAAAAGACAAUGUAAACAUACUCGGUAACAUGGAAACAAUAUUUGUGUCAUUCUCAACCAAAAGGGUACUUACUGUCGGUUGUCAAUAAGGCGCUAUUUCCAUAUAACUAAUUUAAUAUUAAUUAACCUUAUCGACAACCGACAAUGUGAAUGUGGUACCUUUUGGUUGAAAACGUCACGUUUAAUAUGCAUCUCUCUUAAAUAUGCACAAGUACCGUCAACCGGGGUGAAUAGAGAUGGCUGGGGUGAAUAGGGACGAAACAUAAAAUGUGAUUUAUCAAAGAUUUUCUUAAAAAAUACACAAAUGUAUAGGUAAAUCACCUUUUAUGUUUUGUCCCUAUUCACCCCAGUUGACGGUACUUAUAUAAAAUCAAUACUCUUAUACACUUGACUAUACAACAUCAAACUCAAAUUAGCCAAAAUCAAUCUUCAAACAUAACCCCUACAGCCUUAAUAAAAGUUAAGAAAACAGUGUCAAGAUCUUAAAUUCUCCUAACCUACCACUUAAUACGUCCUAUUAGUAUAAGUUAGCCUAAUAAAAUCAUGUGUUCAACUGUAUUCAAUCUUUUUGAUUGCACAAAACAUUCGGACGACUGACCCUUUUCGGGUUUGGAUGUUUUCAACUCUGCCGAAUGACCCAAUCAUGUAAAUGUGAAUGUAAAUUGUAUAGUAUUAUUUUUGACAGUUAUAUUUAUUUUAAAUAGUAUAUUUUUAAGUAUAA